AGGGCCCCAGGGAGCACGGGGCGCCGCCGCCGCUGCUCUAAGCUCGCUUUCGUCUCCAGGACAGCGCCGGGGCCGGCGGCCACAGCAGCAGAGAGGCGGGAACCGGGAGCUACCCUCCACCGAGAGUUGGGCAGGGGAUCGCCCGGGCCUCGGCGGCGUCAUGGGCCGCUUCCCCGGGCCUCAGCGGACACCAGCGGCGGGAACCCCCAGGCCUCCGCGCGGCCGAGCCUGAGCGAGCGACCCCCGGGCUCCCCGGCGCACCCUUCCUCCUCCUCUUUUCUCCUGCUUUCGCCGCCGCCACCGCAUCUGCUCUCCGUUAUGGCAACAGAGCCACCCUCCCCUCUCCGACUCGCGGCGCCCUGUCCCCCCGAGAUGCGGACCCCGCCGGCGAGCGAGGCCGCCCCCGAGGGCACCCUGCAGCCGGCGGGCGGUAGGCUCCGCUUCCUCAACGGCUGCGUGCCCCUGUCGCAUCAGGUGGCCGGGCACAUGUACGGGAAGGACAAAGUGGGUAUAUUGCAACAUCCAGAUGGCACAGUUUUGAAACAGCUACAGCCACCUCCAAGGGGUCCAAGAGAGCUGGAAUUCUAUAAUAUGGUUUAUGCUGCUGAUUGUAGUGACAGUGUUCUUUUAGAGCUACGAAAAUAUUUGCCAAGAUAUUACGGCGUCUGGUCACCACCCACUGCACCAAAUGAUUUAUACCUAAAACUGGAAGAUGUGACCCAUAAAUUUAAUAAACCCUGUAUAAUGGAUGUGAAAAUAGGGCGAAAAAGCUAUGAUCCUUUUGCUUCGUCAGAGAAGAUUAAACAACAGAUCAGCAAGUAUCCACUGAUGGAAGAGAUUGGGUUCUUGGUGCUCGGCAUGAGGGUUUAUCAUGUGCAUUCUGAUAGCUAUGAGACACAAAACCAGCAUUAUGGAAGAAGCUUAACAAAAGAAACUAUAAAAGAUGGAGUUUCUAAAUUUUUUCACAAUGGAUUUUGCUUGAGAAAAGAUGCUAUUGCUGCAAGUAUUCAGAAGAUUGAGAAAAUUCUGCAGUGGUUUGAAAACCAGAAGCAGCUUAACUUUUAUGCAAGUUCAUUACUAUUUGUUUAUGAAGGUUCAUCUCAGCAAUCCACUACAAAAUCAAAUGAAAGAACUUUGACAGAAAAGAUUUUGUCCAAAGGCCAACUAUCAGAUACAGAAGUACUGGAGUAUAACAAUAACUUCCACUUACUAAGUUCUACAAUGAAUGGAAAAAUAGAGGCUUCAGUGGGCAAAAGCUUGUCUAAGAUGUAUGCUCGUCACAGAAAAAUGUAUUCAAAAAAGCAUCAUAGUCAGACUUCAUUGAAAGUUGAAAAAAAAAAAAAAAAAGUUGAAAAUAUGGAGCAAGACAAUGGGUGGAAAAGCAUGUCACAGGAACAUUUAAAUGGAAAUGUGCUUUCCAAACUGGAAAAGGUUUUUUACCACCUUCCCGCCGGUUGCCAAGAGGUGGCAGAAGUAGAAGUUCGAAUGAUAGAUUUUGCUCAUGUGUUUCCUAGCAACACAAAAGAUGAGGGUUAUGUUCAUGGGCUAAAGCAUUUGAUUACUGUCCUUCGAAGUAUUUUAGACAAUUGAAACCUUUGCUGCGGUCUUUUUAAAGGGGUGGGUCAUCAUCAUUGAGGUCGUCAGUCAAUAUCCCUAUACUUGUCAUGUGUGUAAAAAAAUUUGUAUUUUGAGUCUACAUUUUAUUUGUCUUUAUACUUUUGGUAGAAGGGUUAACAUUUUUAUACUCUUACUCAGGAAAACUAAUUGUUUGUUCUUAAGAAAACUAUGAAGAAUAAAGAAAUUUAGGAAUG